AUGCAAGAGCAUCCCAGGGAGCCAGAGUCUCUUAGAAGUAAAGAUAAACUCGUUCGGUUAGGCAUUGUGCUGCUUGGAUGUAAAGGGGCUGGGAAGAGUUCAUCAGGAAACACCAUCCUCGGCAGAGAAGAGUUUCAGCCUGGACAGCGAUCUGCUGUUUGUUUGAAGAGACAGGGAGAAGUAGCAGGCAGACAGGUCACUGUGGUGGAGGCACCUGGAUGGUGGAACUAUUACCGUGUGAUGUCCAGCUCCGAAAUGACCAGAAAUGAGAUUGUGCUCUCUCAGGGAUUGUGUGGUGAAGGUCCAAACUGUUUCUAUGUGGUGUUGCGAGCAGACGCCUCUUUCUCAGAAGCACACAGGGUAUCAGCUCAGGAACAUGUAAGUCUUCUCAGUGAAAGAGUCUGGAGUCACACUAUGGUGCUGUUCACCCAUGGAGACUGGCUCGGAGACACAACCAUAGAGCAGCACAUUGAGAGUGAAGGAGAUGCCCUGAAAUGGCUCACUGAGAAAUGUGGGAACAGAUAUCAUGUCCUCAACAAUCACAACAAGGAUGAUAAAGAUCAGAUCAAGGACCUUCUGGAGAAAAUAGACGAGAUGGUGGCAGGAAAUACAAGUCGUCAGUUUCGGAUGGACUGGGAAAGAGUUCAGAAAGUCUCACACUGGAAGACAGAAGUGGAGAAGAGAGCUGAAAAAAGAGUGAUGAAGAAGAAGAAACAUACUGGGUCUUCCUCUGGAAUAAAACAGCUGCCAUCACUGAGGAUCGUUCUUUUGGGUACAAAGUACCACGGAAAGACCUCAGUAGGAAACACCAUCCUUGGGAGACACGAGUUUGAGCUGAGAAGAACUCAGUGUGUGAAGAGACAGGGAGAAGUAGCAGGCAGACAGGUCACUGUUGUCGAUGUUCCAGGAUGGUGGAGAAGCACAUUCAUGAAGCACUCUCCGGAGCUCAUCACACAGGAGAUAGUGCUCAGUGCAUCCCUGUGUCCUCCAGGACCACAUGCCGUCCUUCUGGUCAUAUGUGUGGACAUUUCCUUCACAGAAAAAGACAGGACCAUUGUUCAGGAACACUUGGAGCUUCUCGGUGAGAGAGUCUGGAGUCACACCAUGGUGCUGUUCACCUUUGGUGGGUUUAGAGAGACAACCAUUGAACAGUACAUUGAGAGUGAAGGAGAGAGCCUGCAAUGGAUCAUUGAGAAAUGUGGGAACAGAUAUCACAUUUUUGACAACGAAAAACUGGAUGAGAGCAUUAUGCGUACACAGCUGCUGGAGAAGAUUGAAGAGAUGGUAGCUGGAAAUGGUGGAUAUCAUUUUGAGGUUGACAAAACUAUUCUACAGGAGGUGGAGGAGAGGAGGAGUCGCCUUGAUACAAGAGUGGAGAACAGAGAGACAAAAGCUUUCAAACAGAACAGGACAAUUGAAUACGUCAUGGGUGGAAUUCAGCCUCUCUCAGAGAUCAGAUUCAUGCACCUGCAUUAUGCUGAAAAAACAAUACAACUUACACAGCACAACAGAGAAGACUUCCUAUCAGGUGUAACACUUCAGUGUCAGACCAAAAAGUGGAACUGGGAAGGUCGAGAGGUCACUACAGUUGAUGUUGAGAUGUUUCCGAGUACGAACACUCUAGAACAAAUUAAAACAGAGUUUUUGUCUAACCUAUCAAGCCCACAGGCCUUCUUGCUGGAUGUCUCCAUUGAUAUGAACUUUACUGAGAAAAGAAAGAUGGAAUUUCAGACACACUUUAAGCUUCUGGGGAACAGAGUCUGGGAUCGAGCCAUAGUGUGGUUUCAGUCCUCUCGAAACCUGUUGGAAGACUGGAGCAUUGAGAAGCACAUUGAGAGGUGUGUGUAA